AUGUUAAAUGAUAGAGUGAUAUGUAUUUACUUAUUUCUUUGUUUUGCACUAUUUUAUGGCGUAUGUGAUAACAGCACAAGUCAACACGAUGACGGGCAGUAUUUAUUUGAUUUCACAAAGGAUGGUGACGUAGACGUCUGGCAAGAACAAUCGGAUACCGUACGAGAUGUCGGCAUGUCCAAGGCCAUCUUUGUUAUUCACAAAAAUGUUGGAUUCAGACGAGCUAUAUUUUUUGCUCUUUUAAAUCCUCAAUUAAAUGGAGCCGGUUUUGCCGGAAUACGAGCUAUUCAAACAUACAAUCUUACCGGUUACACAAAGCUACAAAUCAAAUGCAGAGGACAAGGGCAAUUUAAUGGAUUCAAAGUUACUUUACGGCAUAAAGGUUUAAAUGACGAGCCCAACUAUUCAUUUGAGCAAUAUUUCCAGGCACCAAAAGAUGACUUUGCCAUUCGUAAUCUCAAGUUCUCGGAGUUUAAAGCUUACUACAGAGGUAAAAGAGUAACUAACAAUGAAUUGUUAGAUUUGUCACAAGUUUCAAGUAUCGGUAUACAAAUGUACGGUGGAGUUUACCAACCUGUGAAGCAGAAGGGUCCCGCAACUUUGGAGAUAGAUUGGAUAAGAGCAGUUUAA